AUGCGAAAGCACGCCAUCUUCCUCGAGCGGCACUACAAGCACACGCAGGCUUUCAUUCCGCUCGAGGGCAAGCCGCUGGUUGGCUUCUUUGCCCCGUCCAACGAGUCGGCAGAGGAGCCGGAUCUUGACGCGGUUCGCUGCUUCGCCUUCGAUGGCAGCGCAGGCUUUGUGAUGCACAAGGGGGUUUGGCACGAGCAGCCAUUCCCACUUGUGCCGGGUACCAAGGCAGUCUGCAUUCUGCGCAACGAGACCGUCCGAGAGCUCAAGCCAACCGACGAGCGGACGCAGGAGUGCCACGGACAGGACAUCGACAAGCUGAAUCUAGCUGUCCGUCACAAUCUGAUCUUCACCGCCGAUGCUGACGCUGCGGCGGCUGCCCUCCUGUCCGAGACAGAGUCACUCCAGUGA